AUGGUCCACGAGAGUCGGGGGAGUGUCUGAAGGUUCCGUGAUGGAUCGAAAUUUCUAGACAUCCUCACUCAUUCAACGGUCAUGGCAGUAGUGGAUAAUGCUGGUUUAUCAUCAAAAUUUUCUACGAAAUCCCGAUAGCUGGCCUUGAGGCAUCGCUCAGAGUUACCUCAGAAGGCGUUGUCGCCUUCUGGAGUGAAUUUUUGAGUCCAUUCAUCACAAUUUUGAGAUGAUACUUGCUUCUAUUCUUUUACUCACACCUGUUUAGAUUUUUGUUCCGCAUAAUAAAAGCGCCUCAAAAUGAGGGAGUUUGACGCUCUCGUCUCCGAGUACCAACAUGACAAGCGCAAGCCCAAGGAAGCGGAAGCCUUGACAACUCUGCGCAAAGUUGCUUCUUUAGUCAAACCGAUCAUGCGUCAGAGAUCUUGGAGAGUCGGGACCCUUUGCGAAUUCUACCCUGCACAGGCCAACUUAUUAGGCCUAAAUAUCAACCAUGGCGAGAAGAUAUGUCUUCGGUUGAGAAGUCCGCAUGACGAGAAGCAGUUCAUCCCUCUCGAGCAAAUAGUCGAUACCAUGCUUCAUGAGUUAUGCCAUAUUGUUCAUGGACCUCAUAACCAAGAGUUCCACGCACUCUGGAACCAGCUCCGUGAUGAACACGAACAGCUUUUCCGGAAAGGAUAUACUGGUGAAGGCUUUCUCUCGGCGGGACACCGGCUUGGUGGUAAAAGAGUUCCACCGGACGAAUUGCGGAGACAGGCUCGUGCGGCUGCUGAAAAACGCCGGGUUCUCACGGCAGGAUCUGGCCAGAGGCUCGGAGGCAUGCCCGCUUCUCGAGGUGCGGAUAUGAGGAAGGUUAUUGCGGAUGCUGCAGAGAGACGGAAAAAGGUAACUGAAGGUUGCGCCAGUGGUACAAAGGAGGGCCAAAAACUCGCAGACGAGGUUUCGCAUAACGGAUUCAGGACAAAGGCGGAAGAAGAUGAUGCCAAUGAACGUGCGAUUAUGGAGGCGUAUAUUGAGCUAAUCCAACAAGAAGAGAGGGAACAGUAUGGCAGCUUAUACGUCCCCCCGAGUGCCGCCAAUCCAGCAGGACCACGAGCUCUUGCACCACCCCCUGUCCCUGAGAGUACAAAACCAAGGCUUACGACUACAUCGGAACAAACGACAGAAGGGGAUAUAGACAUUUGGCCAUGUCCAGUAUGUACUCUCGUAAAUCCAUCGAUGUUCCUGUGUUGUGAUGCAUGCGGGUCAGAACGUCCCCAAGUCGUGAAUCCUUCUCCGCCUCAAAAACCACCAAGGCCUUCCCAGAAACAUUCGUUUCCCGAAGAAAGGCAGUCGGCCGGUAGCAAUGCUUCGACGAAAUCUCGCAGAUCUGCGGUCGAUUCGCUGAGAGAGAUCGACGACCGAAUGGCGAAAAGGCCCCUUGGGUGGGUUUGUCAUAUGUGUGGAACAUUUAUGGAAUCGGAAUGGUGGACUUGCGCGUGCUGCGGAACAAUCAAACAGUCGUCAUGAUUUUACUAAGGGUUGGGUUGAUGGGAAAUAUUUGCAGAUUAUGAUGUUUAUGAACAAUACCCCUUUUGAUAUACAGAGUACGGAGUAGAGAUACGGAGUAUAGGAAUUUGCUUUUUCUGCUGCUUUGGA